UUCCGCAUUCCUUCGUCACUCUGCUCGCAGCUCCGCCGCUCCGGGGGCCAGCACCGACGCGCUGCUGGGUGGGGGCCUCACACCUUCCCGGGGAUCAUUGGAGCAGGAGCAGCGCGGAGCUCAGCGUGGACAGGAGGACCAGCGACACGCAUGUGAAGCGAAUCAACAUGGCCGUAUUUAAGCCUGAGAACGUGGAAGACUUCUAUGAGAUUGAGGAAGUUCUUGGAAGUGGGCACUUUGGUCAGGUUCGGAGGGUCCGGGAGAGGACAUCCAAGACUCAUUGGGCGGGAAAGUUCCUUAAGAUUCGAAAAACCGCCUGCAGCCGUCUGGGUCUGGACAGGACCAGUGUGGAACGAGAGGUGGAGAUCCUACAGGUUUUACACCAUCCAAACAUUGUGACCCUUAAAGACGUCUUUGAGAGUCGAUCGGAGGUGGUGCUCAUUCUGGAGCUUGUUAGCGGGGGGGAGUUGUUUGACUUCAUCGCUGAGAAGGAGAACCUUCUGGAGUGCGAGGCCAUCGAGUUUCUAAAGCAAAUCCUGGAGGGACUGAAGUUCAUGCACAGCAACAACAUCGCCCAUUUUGACCUUAAGCCUGAAAACAUCAUGCUGUCAGACAAAGCUUCACCGCACCUCAACGUUAAACUCAUCGACUUCGGCCUUGCUCAUCGUUUUUGCCCCGGAGAGGAGUACAGAACCACAAGUGGCACCCCCCAGUAUAUUGCACCCGAGGUGAUAAACAACGAGCCUCUGAGCACAGCGGCAGACAUGUGGAGCAUUGGAGUUAUUACCUAUAUACUAUUAAGUGGUUUGUCUCCGUUCCAAGGUGACACGGAUGAAGAGACUCUGAGGAACGUCAUCGCUACCAAUUAUCAUUUUGAGAAGCAGUACUUCAGCAUGACCAGCUCUAUGGCCAAAGAUUUCAUCAUGAAACUUUUAAUCAAAGAUCCCAGAUUAGACAUUUCUAACCUUUUUCAGAUGUCCUACAACAUGGUGCGGAUGUGUAACCGGUUCUUCAGCCUCAGACUGGACUGUAACCGCAGCUUGAAUCCAGAUCCUUUACAGAGACAAUGUGAAAGUGACUCAGAGGAUAUGGAGAGCAGGCCCGCCUCGCUGCUGCGCCGGAGACUCAGCAGCAGCUCAUAGAACGGCUUAGAUAGGCGCCACGAGGUCCACGCUGCUCCACGGGAUCCCUGAGGGCCUCCUGAACGCGCCACAGACUGAAAGGGUCCAGCGUCCAACAUGGACGAGCCUUUUCCUUCCUAAAACACUUUCAGAUCCGGGGGGAGACUUUUCUAAAUGUUUUAUUUGUCAAGUGGAUUUGUAAAAACCUGUUUAUAUGAUGUGCCUUAAACGGUUUUAAAUGUUUAAAGAAGCUCAAUCAUUUCAUAUAUUUUUUAAAGCUUAAACAUUUUGUUUCUUUUUUUUUCUGUUUAUUUAAGCAGCCAAGGACAGAACUAAACUAAACUAACUAAAGGUUGUACAUAAACAGAAUGGGAUUAAUGGUUUCCAGUCCCGCCAACCAGUACAGUACCACUAAUGUCUGUUUGUUUGUGUUGCAAAUUAAAUAUUUUAUGGUUCACUCAUCAGUCAAUAAGUGACAACAGGCCUGGAUUUCUUUAACUUGACUGUACUUUUUUAAAUGAGACAAU